UACCUCACACUCCAUCUCCUCUGCUUUCCAUACCUCACACUCCACCUCCCCUACCUGACACUCCACCUCCUCUGCUUUCCCUACCUCACACUCCACCUCCCAUGCUCUCCCUGCCUCACACUCCACCUCCCCUACCUCACACUCCACCUCCUCUGCUUUCCCUACCUCACACUCCACCUCCCCUGCCUCACACUCCACCUCUCCUGCUUUCCCUGCUUUACACUCCACCUCCCCUACCUCACACUCCACCUCCUAUGCUUUCCCUGCCUCACACUUCACUUUCCCUGCCUCACACUCCACCUUCCCUGCUCUCCCUGCCUCACACUCCACCUCCCCUACCUCACAUUCCACCUCCUUUGCUUCCCCUGCCUCACACUCCACCUCUCCUGCUUUCCCUGCUUUACACUCCACCUCCCCUACCUGACACUCCACCUCCUAUGCUUUCCCUGCCUCACACUUCACUUUCCCUGCCUCACACUCCACCUCCCCUACCUCACACUCCACCUCCCUUGCCUCCCCUGCCUCACACUCCACCUCCCCUGCCUCACACUCCAUCUCCCCUGCCUGCAUCACUCUACAGCCAGGCUGUGGUCACACAGUCUGUACUUGUUUAGAAUGAGUUUCUGUUUAAUAUAGAAUACAUAUUACAGAUCCAGGGCCA